CAAGCGAAGACACCCCACGACACCCUUCGCUCCUCCCUUCGUGAAGCUUCGACUCGACAUAGACCCGCAUCACUUCAUUUUGGUAUCCUAGGAAAUCUCUUCACCCAACACUAUUCAUCUGUACACAACAUCACUCAACGCCCACGCUCGCCUAUACGCUGCUCGACACGCCCCUCGCAAUCCUCGCAUUCUCGGACUCGUACUGAUAUCUACUGCGCGCUCAUACACCCCCAAACCCCCACUGAGCCAUGAACGGCUCUUCGCGCCUCCAAGCAGGAGGCCUCCGAAAAACCGCCGCCCAGGGAUCAAUGCGAGCACCAGCACGUCCCGGAACCUCAACGCGAAACUACAACAGCCUUAUGAGCUCCCCAGCACGAUCGACCCGAUCACGUGCCGGAACUGUGUCGCCGCGCAAGGCAUCGGGCGAAUCACAUGAUGACCACCAUGGUCCUCCACCGCGCCCGGUCAGUGGGGCGAAUAUCAACGUUGUGGUCAGGUGCAGAGGUCGAUCGGAGAGGGAGAAGGCGGAGAAUAGCGCGGUCAUCGUGUCGCAUCCCAGCACGACGGAGGUUGCAUUGGCGCUAGGCCCGCUCGCGUCGAUAGAAAAUAAGAUAUACACCUUCGAUAGGACUUUUGGACCGGAGGCCGAUCAGCAGAGGAUCUACGACAAUGUCGUACAGCCGCUCCUUAACGAGGUGUUGGAUGGUUACAAUUGUACCAUCUUUGCGUACGGACAGACCGGCACUGGAAAGACAUACACCAUGACCGGAGACAUGUCGGACAACUAUGGCUCGUAUGCCGAUUUCGCCGGAAUCAUCCCCCGCGCUCUGCACAAGCUCUUCGAGAAGCUUGGAAAGGACAAGGACGACACUUCGGUGAAGUGCUCGUUCAUCGAGCUCUAUAAUGAAGAGCUGCGAGAUCUGCUAUGCGUGGACGAGUCGCAGAAAGUCAAGAUAUACGAUGCGGCCAAUGGAAAGGGCGGCGUUGUGGUCCAAGGAAUGGAGGAGACAUACAUCAUGUCCGCCAAACAGGGUGUGGCACUGCUUCAGGAAGGUAGUCACAAGCGACAAGUGGCUGCUACGAAAUGUAACGACCUCAGUUCGCGAUCACAUACCGUAUUCACCAUCACGGUUAAUUUGAAGACUAUCGCUGAGGAUGGCGAAGUUCUCAUCAGGACCGGAAAGCUUAAUCUUGUUGAUUUGGCUGGAUCCGAGAAUAUUGGGCGCUCGGGGGCAGAGAACAAACGCGCACGGGAGGCAGGCAUGAUCAACCAGAGCUUGUUGACUUUGGGAAGAGUCAUCAACGCGUUGGUCGACCAAGCUACACACAUUCCUUACAGGGAGUCGAAACUCACCCGUCUUUUGCAAGAUUCCCUUGGAGGUCGUACCAAGACCACCAUCAUCGCAACCAUUUCACCCGCUAAGAUCAACCUCGAGGAGACGAUGUCGACGUUGGACUAUGCGGCGAGGGCAAAGGACAUUCAGAACAAGCCCCAGGUGAACCAGAUGUUGAACAAGAAGACCGUAAUUGCGGAAUACGUCGCGGACAUCGAACGAUUGAAGUCUGCUCUUCAUGCUGCCCGGCUGAAGAACGGUAUUUUCCUUCCACAAGAAGAGUUUAGCCGCUUGAACGAGACCGUGGAACUUCAAAAGGCGGAAGUCGAGGAGGCAAGACGGGGUGAAGAGCUUUUGCAGAAUCAAAUUACCCGUUUGAGAGAGCAGUUCGAACACAAUAUGGGGGAGCUUUUGGGUACCAAGGCCAGUCUGGAGGAGCAGACUCGCCACAUGGAGGAGACGAAAGAAAUUUUGAGGAAUACCGAGAUCACUCUGUCGGAUACAACGACAAAACUCAAGGAGGAGACCACACUGAGGAAGGCACACCAGAAAACCGAGACGGAGCUUGGUGCCGCCGCGCAUGAUCUUCUUGCUACGGCUCGUUCCACCACUUCUGACAUCGACGGAUUAAGGGCUAAGAUCGGACGAAUGGCGAACGUGGAAGUUGAGAAUCAUUCGUCGUGGAUGAGGAGCUCGUCCCAGGUUUCGCAAGUUACCCAUGCCCUUGAGGAUGCGGUAGAUCUCUUCAAGGAUGAGCAAGCGAACAUUUCGAGUGAUAUCUCUCAGCGGAUCGCUUCGUUUGUGGAAGCCGAGAAGAACACAUUACAGGAUGCCUAUAACUUUGUCGAGCAACGCUUUGCAGAUUUCCAGGCCACCGCAGAUGCCGGCCUCACUACAACGCAUGAGCGGCAACGCGAUACAGAUCUGAUUCUCCAGGAGAUCUUGACACUGAGGGUGGACCUGAAAACGCGGAUAGGAAAUGGUCUUAGGGGAUUGAAUGAUGCGGCGAAGCGGAUGGCGGAGGAUGUUAUUAUAGACCUUGGGAAUUUUGGAGCCGAGUUGCACGUCUCGUACGAGAAGUUUGAUGCUGGCUUCCAGGCCAUGGUCACAGAAGCUCAGGAGCACAUGGCUGCGCAAAAGUCCGAAAUUGAGACUCUUCGUAGCCAGCUUGCCGAGGCAACAGCAACUGCGUCAGCUGCCACAACGACCGCCCAGUCAAGUUUACAGACAAUAUUGGUUGAGGAGCGGGAAAAGGCUGCGGCGGAUCGUCAGAACCUGAUCUCCCAGAUCACCACCCUUAUCAAUAACACCGGGGCUGCACAAGACAAGCGCUUGACCGAGCGUGUUUUGACUGUCAAGGCGGAUAUUGGCGCCACCCAAACCCGACUCGAAGCGGCUUCGAAGACCCACGAGGAGACUAUCGAAUCCUGGUCUGCGCGAGAGGAGUUGUUUUACACAAGGCUCUGUGAUGCAAAGGAGACUGUUCGGUCUGUUUUGACUGAUGACUGGAAGAACGUUGAAUCCCGCAAUUUGGCCAUCAAGGAAACCACCAAGUCCAUCCACGCACAAACCAUCAAGCUCGUGGAAGAACAGACGGAAGACGUCGGUGUCCAGCUGCAAGAUUUGGACCAGGCGGUUGCAAACGCUCAUUCCAUGAACGACAAAUACCACGGCAUUUCGAUGGAGAGCAUCAACAAGAUCGUGGAUGGUGGCCGGCAGUUCGUUGACAAGUUCUCGUCCCUCAUUGACACCCUUCGAAACGAAAUGGGAUCAUUCGAGGAGGCGUCGGAGCUCGCUGCCCAGAGCAUUGCUGCAGUCGAAUCUUUCAGCUCCAACGCUCAAGAACGCCUAUCCCAACUCCGUAUCAAGGUUGAGUCCGCCCCACUCAAAGAGUGUCUCCCUACCGGUCAUACGCCCCGCAAGAGAAAAUACACUUUUCCCACCAUAUUGCCAAGCACGGGUUCUGCGGAAGAUGUUCUCAAUAGAUCGCGCGGUGGCGUCGUCCGGACGGUUUUGGAGGAGAAAGAGGUCAACUCUCCACAGAAACUGACCCCCAGUGCCUCUUCAAUAUUGACUGAUCCGAAAUCAGGUGGGGCAGGAAUUGGUGCGGCCUUCUACCCCACCAUCACCAACAACAAAAAGAAGAUGUUCCGCGACCAGUCUGGAGCUCAGGGAGAACCAGGUGGAGGAGUAGCGGAAUCCAACAUCCCUACUUUCAAGGAAAAUGGCUUUUCUGCUGCGACUAGCAGCGGUGACCCCAAGAAAAGUCUAAUUAAGAAACGGAAGGUUGGGGAGGCGGGUGCCGAUGAAGGCAUGAGCGGGAUGGCGGCGAUCACAACUAGACGGCGAAUGCGGUAGAUGCGGAUAUACCUUUUAAUUUUGUUUUAAUCAUCGGGUCUUGCUUUUCUUGUGGUAUCCUUUUACUCUACUUCCUUUACAGGUGUUUGUCUUUUCUUGCGUUGCUAUUGGGAACGGGGGGUUGAUUUUGGGCUUUCUUUCUUCCAUGAUACCACCAAACGGUUGUAUAUAGUGUGUAUUAUUGUUUUGGACCAGGUAUCGAUACAUCGUCGAUUGUACUCACACUCCAUCUUACGGGAUGCGGUUUAUCUAUUUGCUUAUUUUUUCUUCCGCCUGUGAUUGUUUUGUGCUUUAUCCUUGCGAGGUUGGAGUCAUAUUUUGCCUGCCGAGAACCGUGGUGGAGGAGAUCUUUGAAUCCGAG